GGCCUCGCUGCGUCCUGCGCCGCUGCAGCGCGCCGCAGCUGCACGCGCUCCCUACAGCGCGAGACGAGCAGAGCGUGCCCUGUGCGGCGGUAAUGGCUGCCAGCGAGAGACAACAAAUGAGCCUCCGACACACGCUUUAAAGCGAGGACUAGAAUGGUCAGCAGCCAACCCAAGUACGAGCUGAUCCAGGAGGUGGGGCGGGGCAGCUACGGCGUGGUAUACGAGGCCGUGGCUAGACGCACCGGGGCCCGCAUGGCAGUCAAGAAGAUCCGCUGCCACUCGCCCGAAAACGUGGAGUUGGCCCUUCGUGAAUUCUGGGCCCUGAGCAGCAUCCAGAGCCAACACCCCAACGUCAUCCACCUGGAGGAGUGCAUCCUGCAGAGGGAUGAGCUGGCACAGAGGAUGAGCCACGGGUCCAGCUCUCCGCUCUAUCUAGAGCUGGUGGAAACAUCCUUGAAAGGCGAGAUCGCGUUUGACCCGUGCUGUGCCUACUACCUGUGGUUCGUCAUGGACUUCUGUGACGGCGGUGACAUGAACGCCUACCUGUUGUCCCGCAAACCCAGCCGCAAAACCAACACCAGCUUCAUGCUCCAGCUUGGCAGCGCCUUGGCCUUCCUCCACCGCAACCAAAUCAUACACCGAGACCUCAAACCAGACAACAUCCUCAUCUCACAAAGUCCCUCAGCAGCCGGAUCACCAGAACCCACCCUCAAGGUCGCCGAUUUUGGGCUCAGUAAGGUCUGCUCAACUUCUGGGUUAAAUCCGGAAGAGCCAGCGAGCGUCAACAAGUGCUUCCUGUCUACAGCAUGCGGUACAGACUUCUACAUGGCGCCCGAGGUGUGGGAAGGGCAUUACACGGCUAAAGCGGACAUCUUUGCUCUUGGGGUUAUAAUUUGGGCCAUGGUGGAGAGGAUUACCUUUGUGGAUGUAGAGACUCAGAAGGAGCUGUUGGGCAGUUACGUGCAGCAGGGCUCGGAGAUUGUACCGCUAGGGGAAGCACUCCUGGAGAAUCCCAAAAUGGAGUUGCUAAUCCCGGCUAGGAAAAAGAGCAUGAACACCCACAUGAAGCAGCUCAUAAGGGAGAUGCUGUCAGCCAACCCUCAGGAGCGACCAGACGCCUUCGAGCUGGAGCUAAGACUAUUGCGGAUCGCGUGCAGGGAGAUGGACUGGGAUACGUGAUGGUACUUGAACGCAACAUGGACUAUUGCCCCAUCUACUGUUGUAAUAAACUGUAUGGGGAAAACUGUUUUGUAACUACGGACGAUAUCAAGUAGUGUUGUGUUUUAUUGUCAUGACUAAAGCCACUGUCCAAGCACAUAAAGUUCUAUUCUCGCUGUCUUUAUACACAAGAAGAGAAUCACUCACCUGCUGUUGCUGCUCCGCUGAACUGCAGCUCUGUCUCAGGCUAAUCACAUCUCAGCUUCCACUUAGACAAAAAAAAAAACUCAAGUCAAGUGUCGAUACUGGUUUCCUGCGUUGUGGCGAAAAUAGAACUGCUAAUGUCUGGUGAAACUAUUAUUAUGAAACUAAUUUAUGUCUAAAACAUUUCACAAAUCUUUGGCGAUAAAACGCUUGACAAACUUUCACUGUAAAAUAAAUGGUUCCCUGUAAGUUGGCUGAUAUUAUGGUACCCUGGCGUGCUAUGUUACAAAAAUGUUUCUUUUCUACUUUUUGGACAACGGAUGCUGUUGCAUUUUAACAAUUUUAACUGUAUCAUACCCCACGUCAAUUUGAAGAAUUGGGCCCCUGUUCCCUAAUAAGGGAAACUGAAAAAAAAACAAAACAAGAAAAACGCUACUGUCAAAGUUUAUAUUUCUUUUAUAUAAAAUGAAAUACUUGGGCUUACAAAAUUGUUGUAAACAAACCUUGGCAGUAUAAUCCUAAUUCAGCCUUAGCUCUUUCAUCACAUUGUUGGAAACCAAUUUCUUUACUUGCAUACACUAAAAGAGCAGAUAGAUCUCAAUUUGGUAGCAGGUAAGAGGUUGCCUACAAAUCCCAUCAUCCCGCUUGGUGCUAAGUUUUUCUCUUGCAAUACAAGACACCACGCUGUGAACAGUACAGCAUCCAUGCAUUGAACCUGCCUGGCACUACACCACCAGCACUACUGUGGCAUACAGUCCUGGCAUUAUACAAUCCUGCUGCUCAGGUAAUACCGAUAACAAUUAUGGGAUUUGUUGGCAAACAUGUGUCUAGGUAGGUCUGCUCUUUGGUAUUGACAGGAAAUCUGAAAACAUUGAUGCUUGAAGAUACGUUGUGUUCUCUUUUCUUACAAAGCUGCUUUUUUGGGGUGGUUAUGGGUGGGGUCGUUAGGGGUGGGGUGACUUUAUCAGUAAGGGUCCAGCCAUUAGAUGCUAGUGGUACAUUUUUUGUUGUCAUUUAAGAUAAGUUCCCUAGAUACGCCUCAUAACAAGUGAACCAGAAUGUAAAAAAGAUUGUAUAGGGUGGAUGAAUUUAAUUAAUAAGGCGCCUUAAACACAAGCACUUGAUGGUUAAUGCUAGGAAUGCAAGGGUAUUUCAGGCGGGUUAGCGUUAGCUAUAUAAACUGAUCUGGAGAGGAGCUAUCAGUGGUAUUGCAGGGUGUGCGAAUUUGAAGCUGAAGAUGGGCAAAAAUGUCAUAAUAUAUUGCAUUUGCAUAUAAAUUAUACGAUUUAGGCACUUAAAACUAUUAUAAUUCUAAAACUAUAUUGACCCUGUUUUCUGCCAUUUAAGUAUGUUGCAAAAAAACAACAAUGUUUACAGCCUUUAACAAUAAAUAUACUUUAAAUACUUUUUAUUGGCUCAAUAUUCCAUAAAUUAUGUAUGUGAGUAGAGACAUGUUGGUAAUAAAAAAUGUAAUGGAUCCUGCUGUUAAACUUGAGGGCCUAUUUACUUUCACUUUUGAUUUUCCAAAUGUUAAAAAUAGCAGUCAUUUUACCUUAAAUAUUUUGUUUGCCUUUGAAUUAUGUCCAGGUUACACGAUUAAUCAAGUAAUGUAACAUGUACUUUUGUUAUUUGUUUUUAAGUAAGAAGUAAGACUAGUUAACAGGAAACAUUAGCUUCCUGUUGGCUAGAUCUGUGAAUCUUGUAAACAAAGUAAUGUUGUAAUGACAGAGUUACUCCACCACACUAACGGAAAUUAGGUUGGCCUACAUUUAAGGCGGAAUGGAAUCCGUUUCCAAUAACCUUUAUGUUGCAUAAAAACUUGACCCCCUUUAGGGCUUCUUUGUGUGAAAAUGCAGAAGUCAGUCCCAAUUAUCCCAAUUAUGCUCAAUAAGCGAAAAUAUGUCCAUAUAAAUCUCCACUACUGACAUCUGGUUUGAACUAGCUAAAUUAAAAGAAUUAGAGUACUGCAUGCAUUCGAAUGGAAAAAGUGAUAUUUCAAUAAUAUCAAUGUUGCAAAAACAGUAUUGGCUAGAUUUGAGUUUACGCUUCACACCACUGCAAAAUUAGGUCAUUAUUUUUACCACUUACAUAUAGGCCAAUAGCGACCUUAUUGUAUUCAGGAUAUUAUGGUUUAGUUAAAAUAAUGUUAUUUGUCAUAAGCGUAAGCCAUUACAGCACCUCUGGGUAAUUCAGUAUUUUGUAUGCCUUGCAACUACAAACUGACAAAUGAUUAUCAAGCAAUGGGGGCAUAGAGUGUCACAUUUUUGUGGUUUAAGUUUUUUUUUACAAUAAUGCCAUGAUCUCUGUAAAUCACAAAUGGUUAAUUUAAAUUCAAAUCAUCUUUAUCCCCCUAUUCAAGAUCCAAGAGCAGAUGGAAAAGGUGAUGAGCCAGGUGUUGUAGAUGAUACUGCUCUCUGGAAAAGUCAUCCCAGUGAUUUUCCCCGCUGUUUUCACUACCCCCUGGAGUGCCUGCUCCUACCACACUAAUAAUCCAUAUGUCAGAACACUACUAAUGGCACAGAUGUAGAAAUAAACAUCAGUGGUCUGGGGAUGUUGACUCUCCUCAGUUUCCUCAGGUAAUAGAGGGGUUGGGCCUUCCCCACAGCUGAGGCAGUGUGAAUGCCCCCCCAGGGCAGGUCCUUAGUUAUGGUCACCCCCAGGCAUUUUAAGUUGAUCAUCCUCUCUACCACAUCAGUGCCGAAAGAGAUCGGUGGUUGCUUUGUCAAUUUUUGUGGAAGUCCACAAGGAGAACAAUCUCCUUGGUCAUCUUGGUGUUUAGGACCAGGUUACUGCUGUGACAUCAUGAGAUGUUGCACCUUGUUUCUGUAGUUUGUCUCAUUGUCAUUGGUGAUGAGUCUGAGCACAUGGCGUCAUUGGCGAAUCUGACAGUGAGAUUGGAGGAGGAAGAGGCAAAGCAGUCAUUUGUGAACGGAGAGUAGAGCAGGGGGCUCAGCACACACCCUUGGGGGGGCACUGAUGUUGAUUAAAAGAGUUGAGGAGGAGUGCUAGUCCACUCUGACACUGCUGUUGGAUUGUGGACUUUUUAUCAAACACUACACAGAGUGGUGUAUAGUCCAUGGCUGUUGUUAAAGCAACUGUGCACUUGUGCUAGCACUAGCAUAGCAUUAACAUCCAGUGGAAUGUACACAGAUGAAAACAGCAGUAAAUUCCUUCAGGAGAUAAAACAGCCGACACUUUAGUAGCAAGAGUUUGCCUCUAGACUACACAGUUUAUCCACUGUAGUGCACCAUGAGUUGUUACAGUAGAUGCAUAGUCCCCCGCUGGUCGUCUUAACCAGACUCCACGGUUUUGUUGGCUCAGUAGACUGUGCAUCCCGCUAGCACUAUGACCAUGUCCGGAAUAGAUCUGUCUAGCAAAGUCUCAGAAAAUCAUGCAGCAACAGUUGUUAAGAGCCCUCUGCAUAGACUUUUGCAGCUGUAUUUCAUUCAUGUUAUUCCGGAUUGACCAAUCAUUGAAGAGAAAGAUGGUAGAAAAUGGUGGUCUGAGCGGUUUAGACUUUUUAGCAUGGCACUUGCCUCUCUUCUAGCUCCACACACAGCAUCUCCUCUGGCCUGCUGCUGUGGGUGUCCCGGGAGUUGGUCUGCCUCUCUCUGGGGGAUGAAGUACUCAGCUGACAGGUGAUGCUCAGUUGUAGGAGUUCAGUCAGACUGUACUGAAGUGCAAUUGUGCCAACACUGUGCAAAAUAAUACAACUGCUUUAGUUUUUUCACUUUCUUGAUGCUGUGAAAGAGCUCUAGAUCUCUGCUUCUGUGUGCGUUGCCAACUAUAUCAGUCUCUCAUAAUUCCCUUUCUUUUUCAUCUCUUCUUUCUCUGCUCUGUGAGCUUGGAUUUGGCUCUGUAGUUUUUUUUUUUUUAACCUAUCACUGUCAACUAGCAUUCAAUGAAUUCACUCACCUACAAUAUGUGAAAGACACCAGCUCCCCAGUCCUCCCCUAACCUCUCUCUUCCCUCUUCUUCUCAACACAUAAUACUGUUGUUAAACCUGAGCUCUUCUCUCUGUCAGUGCUUGCUUCAUUUCCUUUGGGCUUUCCAAUCGUAAUCCUUAAUUCUCCAUGCUUCCUACGGACAAAUUCCUAAGCCUAUUAAGUGGUUGCUUGCUGCACUUGGUGGCUGAUCAUGCUUAGGCACCUCUUUGACUUGUGGGUCAUGCAUAAUUUUCACAGCCUGUGUCAAAAAUUUGUCCUGGCUCCUUCAAAAAUGGGUUGAAAUUCUUCACAUUGUGGUUUUUAAGUUCAGGACCGGUUAUCAUUGGUGAUAGAGCCCUUCAAGUUCAUUUGAUGUUUGUGCCUUCUUUUUGCUAGUCCUAGUUACAGCUGGUUUAAUCCUGUUUUAGACCUGUUUCAGACUUCUAGGCAGUAUUAUCAGAGUUCUUUGUCUUGAUUAAGGUCUUAACCUGGAAUUAAUUUUUGACUAGACAGAACUAAACUAGGCUCAAACCAGGACUAUACAAGGUCACGCACACUUACCCACAUUUUAGUCCUAGUUUAUUUCUGAUCUGGAAUUGGUCUAGAGGUGAUAUUUUAGUCCUAUUGUUUGGAUUGCAUGGGAUGUUCCUCAACAUGGUACUAAACUGAACAAUUCUUCAAGUCUUAAUGAUGUAUUGUGGACCAUUCCCAGCAAAGCAAUAACAUCUCUCUGGAAAUAAAAGUUCCGUAGUCCACUUUUAAAUCUUUAGACCUGGUUUAGUUCUCGUCUUACCCAAUAUUCUGUUUGAGACCAGCAGUGAUUCUCGGAUGGUUUAGUCUGUACAUGGUCCUGAUGUGAGUUCUGUUUUUAAGCUGGUUCCUGUUGAUACUUGUAAAUCCCAAUCAUGGUAGCCUACUUGAUUUAAAACGUUGGUGGAGGAUGUGGCCUUCCAUUUCUUGUGUGGUGUAAGUUGGCAUCUCCUGCUUUAUUUGACAAAAUUACUGCAAACUUAACAAACAUUAUGGCCUCAUUGCUAUUGCCCUUAACUUGCUGAAAUCUAUUUUAACUGCACCAUUCAGUUUGAAUCCAGGAAAAAACACUAAGCCAUUCAUUGCCAAAGUACUUAGCAAGCAAUCAUGUUAGCACAAUUGGCUAUUUCUCCAGUGAACUGAGGAAAAUGAAACAUUGCAUUUACUCUCUAGCACUGUUGGCAUCAUAAAAAAUAAAAAAAAUGUCUCAUAAUCUUUGACUCUAAGGUCCAGUGUGCGUUUUUAGUCAUCAAUCAUUAUGCUAGCCUGAUCUGCGCCAUUACUGAAUUUGUAGUGAUUUGCCUGCCACAAAUGCUUUC